ACGAAAUCUGUUGUGAGAGUAUAUAUUUCUUAAUGAAACUCACAAAUAUGAGUUAUGAGUUGUUACAAACCUCCAAAGUCUGACGGAUAUUGUUACAAACCUCCAAAGUCUGACGGAUAAAUAAGACGUCCAACUUCGACUUUUUCGUCAGGAAAAGGGGUCAAAACCAAUUGUGGUUUUUGUUCUGUUCGGUAUGAUGGCAGAAGAGACGGCAUCUUAUCACACUUAUUGGUUAAGUGAGACUCAAUCUCAUCGAAUAAAAUCACGGCGGUCCCGAAGAUUCAAGCCUUUUGACAGGAAACGCAAUAUAAGUGAAAUUGAGGACAGCCACGACAGAAGUACGAAAUGUCCACCAGCCCCCUCCCUAUCAGUUUCAAUUAUCAAAUCUGACGUAACAUUGAAUUUCAACAUGAAGGAUAAUGAUACUGAAGAUGUAAGAUGGUAUAUUGGAAGAAGACGAAGAGACACUGAGAUGAAACAUCUUGCAUACACAAUGAAUAGUUCCCCGUGUCGAUUUCCUCUAUAUAUGGCAGAUAUAUUUAGUAAAACUAAGGACGGGCAGAGCAGUGCAUCAAGGUGUCGGUGUUGUAUUUACUUAAAAGAAAAUAAAGAGCCUGAGGUUGAAGUGAUUGAUCUGGUGGGAGUACAAACAGACUCAAUCAAGCCAGAAGAUAAAGAUAUCAGGAGACUUAGAGGGGUCCAAGAAAAUGAAGAUUACUUAAUUCAUAGAUAUAUGUACGAGGACUCUAAAACCAUGGCUAGAAAAAAAGAAGAACUCAAGGAUUUAAGAACAAACCAAGAAUUAAGGUUUGCCCUAAAGAAACUACAGGCUGCUUAUGACGAAAUUAAGACCGAGGAGACAGAAAAAUCAAAGAAAUUGAAGAAACUACAUACUGAUUAUGAAAAUCUAAAGACUGAGGAGACAGAAAAAUCAAAGACAUUAAAGAAACUACAAACUGGUUAUGACAAACUAAAGACUGAAGAGACAGAGAAAUUAAAGAAACUACAGGCUGAUUUUGACAAACUAAAGACCGAGGAAACAGAAAAAUCAAAGAAAUUAAAGAAACUACAUACUGAUUAUGAAAAACUAAAGACUGAGGAGACAAAAAAAUCAAAGACAUUAAAGAAACUAAAAACUGGUUAUGACAAACUAAAGACCGAAGAAGCAGAAAAAUCAAAGAAAUUAAAGAAACUACAGACUGAUUAUGACGAACUAAAGACUGAAGAGACAGAGAAAUUAAAGAAACUACAGGCUGAUUUUGACAAACUAAAGACCGAGGAAACAGAAAAAUCAAAGACAUUAAAGAAACUACAAACUGAUUAUGACAACCUAAAGACCGAGGAGACAGAAAAAUCAAAGAAAUUAAAGAAACUACAAACUGAUUAUGACAAACUAAAGACUGAGGAGACCGAGAAAUUAAAGAUAUUACAAACUGAUUAUGACAAACUAAAGACCGAGGAAACAGAAAAAUUAAAGACAUUAAAGAAACUACAAACUGAUUAUGACGAACGAAAGACUGAAGAGACAGACAAAUUAAAGAAACUACAGGCUGAUUUUGACAAACUAAAGACCGAUGAAACAGAAAAAUCAAAGACAUUAAAGAAACUACAAACUGAUUAUAACGAACUAAAGACUGAAGAGACAGAGAAAUUAAAGAAACUACAGGCUGAUUUUGACAAACUAAAGACCGAUGAAACAGAAAAAUCAAAGACAUUAAAGAAACUACAAACUGAUUAUGACGAACUAAAGACUGAAGAGACAGAGAAAUUAAAGAAACUACAGGCUGAUUUUGACAAACUAAAGACCGAGGAAACAGAAAAAUCAAAGAAUCUACAGCCAGUACAGGAGCUGUCCCUGCAGAUAAAUUACGGCGAGCAAUUAGCUAAACAGGAUCUUAAGGGGCUAAAGGAAAAUGUGGCCAAAGAGCUGCAGACCCUUCACAACUUAAGAAAGCUGUUUGUGGAAGACUUACAGAACCGUGUUAAAAAGUCAGCCAAUAAGAAAGAGGAUGAGGAUGAUGAUGACACAGGAGGAAGCAUGGCACAGAAACAGAAGAUAUCAUUCCUAGAGAACAAUCUAGAACAGCUGACCAAAGUUCACAAACAGCUUGUAAGGGAUAACAGCGACCUGCGUUGUGAACUUUUUAAGAUGGAGGGCAGACUGCGAGCCACAAUGGAGAGAACGAAAUCCCUGGAAACCGCGCUAAAGGAGGCCAAGGAGGGUGCCAUGAGAGACAGGGAGCGAUACCAACAUGAGCUGGACAGAAGAAAGGAAGCAGUCAUACAGAAGAAUCUCGCCAGACAGGGCCAUGCCGCUCAUGGACUGUUGACACCGAUUGUUGAGGAAGGAAAGCCUCAUGGUCACCAAUGGAACCCAGUAGUUGAGGACAAAGAUGCCUCUAAAGCCACCAUUAUUGUUUAUGGAGAAAGCCAAGAUAUUGAUACAGGAAUUAACAGACUUGAACAUUUAUUGAAAGGAGAUUUUCAUGAAAAAGAAUUCAAAGAUGAAAUUAUUCCAAGGCUAUCUAAAACUCAGAUUAAGGCUUUGUACGACUUAAAAGAAAAAUUCCAUAUAGAUGUAAACAUUGACAAAGAUAAAGGAAUGGUCCUCCUUUAUGGAACAAAAGAUUAUAUAAGUGCAGCAUCUGACGUCUAUCAUGAAAUUAUACGAGACAAAACAGCCUUUACCUUUGAACUCCCAUCAGAGUGGUCAACUAUGCCAGACUCUGACAAUCUGUCUGUGGUCCCAGUUAACUCAGGUAGCCCAGACUAUACCAAUGUGAUGAACAGAUUCCAUCGACAAGUAGGCAAAAGGGAAAUUGUUAAAUUGGAGAGAAUUCAGAACAAGAUGUUGUACCAACAAUAUGUCGCCAAAAAGAAGUUGCUAGAUUCUCAAAAUCCUAAAGGAACAAAGAAUGAAAGAAAACUCUGGCAUGGAACUGCACCUGAUGCUGUGAACAGUAUUAACUCUCUUGGAUUCAACAGGAGUCACUGUGGUAAAAAUGCUACAAAAUAUGGAGAAGGGGUGUAUUUUGCUGUGAGUGCCAACUACUCUGUAUUAGACACUUAUUCCCAUCCCGAUAGCAAAGGACACAAAAGAAUAUACCUAUGUAAAGUCCUUACCGGGGAUUAUACGGUUGGACAAAAGGGAAUGAGGGUGCCACCUGCAAAAAAGGGACAGCAGUCUCACAUUUUGUAUGAUUCUGUUGUCAAUAACGUUAGUAAGCCAGAAAUGUUCAUCAUCUUUAAUGACACGCAAGGCUACCCAGACUACCUUAUUACAUUCAAAUAGAAUUAUCAUGAACAUCCACAGCAAACCAACGAGAUAUACCAUUGAUCACCGGUAUACCAGCAUGUAUUUAGUGGGUUUUUAAAAAUGUCUUUUGAUGUUUGUUUUGACUUUGCAAUCAUUAUUAUUAUAAGUUUUUCAUUCCUUUCAAAAUAACAUCUUAUAAUUUUUAUCGAAUUUUAGCUAGCCUUUUGUAAAAAGCUGCUUGUUUUAUAUGGUUAAGACUUUGUACGCUGAUAGAACUGGUGUCUGAAUCUUUUGUAAAUUUCAUAUUUAUAUAUAUAUAUUGUAUUCUAUAUAACAGUAGAAUAUAGUUUGUUCAAAUCAGUUUGACUUGUAAUGGGGUGCAAGUAGAACUCUGUCAAGAACUUAAAAUUUAUAUUUAACGUAGAUGAUUUUUAAUUUGUAGGUCACCCAAGUUACUCAAGUGACCUAUCUAUUGCAAUUGGUAUCCGUCAGUCGGCAUGUGUUAAGAAUUGAUUAUUUUUAACUUCCCGGCCAAUUCUUUUCAAAUGUAAUAUGUUGCAUCUUCAGGGUAAGAGGAACAUAAAUUGUAAAUUACAUGACUUUUGCUCCAUAGGGGCCCUUUUGACAUUUUUCAAAAAUCUUCAAAGAUCUCUACUUCUGCACAUCUGACCGAAAAACUGAAUGAUGUUGACCAGAAAGCCCUCUACCAAACUGUAAAUUUCAUGUCCCCUUGGAAUGGGUCUUUGACUUCAGAGCGGGGCCAUAUACAUGUAAAUGGUCUACAUAAUUACGUAAUAAAAUGUUUUAAAAAUCUUCUUUUAGAAACUGAUUGCACAUUUUGAAAGUACAUAAACCCCUCUACCAAAAUUGUAAAUCUUAUGUCCCUCUAGAUAGAGUUUUGGCACCAGGAUGGGGACAAAAUGGCGUAUUAGAGUUACUGUACAUAAUGAUUUUAAAAAAUUCUUUACUUCUACUUAAUUAAUAUACUGAUUUUAAAGUGACUGUAUUUUAGUUAAGAAAUACCAUAAAGCUGUCUAUUAAAACUGUAAGUUUCAUGACACCCUUGCAAGGGCUCUAGUUAUGGUGGUGGAUUGCAUGGUCUGAUAGAGUAUACCAAUAUAAUGUUUAAAAACCUUAUUCUUUUGUUCUGCUGUUCAAUUUGAAUGAAAGAUGACUGCACAUUUAAAGGAGAGAUUUAAGAAACCAAGAUACCUUUUGGAGCAAGAGUUAAGUUUGGAAGGCGAGCUUAAAAAUUGUAAUACUUAAGAAAAUCCAAAUAGAGAAACUGUUCCCUUUUAUUUUUUACAUUCCUCUUUGCAAAUUCGACCAACGGCUAUUGGAAAACUGAUCAUUCCAAACCUAAUGCUGAUGCUAAGCACUAUGAAUUUAUAAUUACUGUGAUGUGCUUUCAAUAUUUUUAUAAAUCGAAAUGUGCUCCUUUUUGAAAUAUUAAACAUAAAUAGUGUUUAUUUUCAUUAUCUUUUAUUAUGUGCAGGUACAUGUGUGGUAGCCUUGUCAUCUUGUCUUUUCGGUGGCAACCACCAGUACUCUCUCAAUAGAUUUGGCAGACCAUACAAUAAAUAAAAUUUCCUAAGUAAAUGUUAUAACCACAUAGGUUAUAAAUUACUGUAAUAUGAAAUUUCAAAAUUACCAACAGUUUGACAAAAAGAACCAUAAAUAUAUCUUAUACAGAUCUUAGUUUUUAAAGAACUGAUUUCAUACUCCAUAGUGCUGCCUUUUUAAAAUUGCCUAACAUACAUUGUGUGACAUAAUUUAACCAAUAAAAAUUUACCUAAAAUU